AGCAGCGGAUCACAUGGUGGUCGGUCUGUGGAUGAAGUCGAGGUGAACCCGUGCUAUUUUGAUAGUUACCGAGGCAGGAUAAAUCUAGUCAAAAAUGUACAUCAAGGUCCGAACGAUGGACGGCAAGCAGACGUCCACGUUCAACGUGUCCAAGUUGACCACAGUGGAAGAGUUCAGGAAAUCCGUCCACGAGAAGAUGGGUGCUGAACCCGAACUCCAGAGGCUCUUCUUUCGUGGGAAGCAGCUUGAGGAUGGAUACAAGCUCUUUGACUACAGCAUUGAAGUAAACUCAGUCAUUCAGCUCAUGGUCCGACCAAACCUGGCAUGUCAAGCUGAAGCACCAAAACAGUCCCCUGCCAAAGAGACAGAGAAGCCAAAAUCCCAAGAAGCCAGACCUUCAUCAAAGGUUGAAAGUGAGUCUGGUGGAUCCUCUGACAAGGAAAACCAUGAGAAUGAUGAGGUGAGUUUGGCAUUGGGAUUUUUUGAAGCAGUGCCUGAAAAUGGACGGAGUUCUGAAUCAUCUCUGGGAAAUUCAGAACUGGAUGGAGAGGAUGAUGACAAUGACCAGGGUGCUGCAGUGAGUCGAUACUUCAAGGUUGGAGACCUGGUAGAUGCACGUGACACGCACACUCAGGGUGCCUGGUUUGAAGCUGAGAUUGUGAAGAUCACCAAAAUGUUGCCUUCAGAUGUCCUCUGGGAAGGAGAGAUCGCUCCCGGCAUCCCACGAGACGACAGCCUGCGAUAUCAUGUUCAAUAUCAGGAGUACGAGGACGACCCGGCCCCCCUGCCGCUGUUCAUGGUGAGGCCGAGGGCCCGCUCGACCGUCCCCUUCGCCGAGGUGAAGGUCGGGGACGUGGUGAUGGCGAACUACAACCUCGACGAUCCCAAGGAGCGAGGCUUCUGGUUCGACGCGAAGAUCACCAAGAAGCAGGAGCGAGGGCGGGGCAGGGACCUCGUGGCGACGGUGUUGGUCUCCGCGCAGGAGACGGCCGUCGCGGACUGCCACCUCCGGUUCGUGGACGAGCUCAUGAAGAUCGAGAGGGUGAAGGAGCGGGACCGAGCGGGAGAAGAGGACGAGUUCGUCGCUCCAGUCCAAAGAGCCACGGCCCCGAAUUGCUCGACGUGUCGGGACAACCCGCGCCGGAAGUGCAAGGAUUGCGGGUGCAACAUCUGCGGCGGGAAGGACCGGCCGGAGAGCCAGCUCAUGUGCGACGAAUGUGAUAAGCCGUUUCACAUGUCCUGCCUCAGCCCGCCGCUCACGGCGGUGCCGGAGGAAGACGAGUGGUACUGCCCGUUUUGCAAGAACAACGAGAACGAGGUGGUGAUGGCGGGAGAGAAGCUGAAGGAAUCCAAGAAGCGUGCCAAGCUAGUCUCGGUGCAGAAAGGGGAAUCGGGCAGGGACUGGGGGAAGGGGAUGGCGUGUGCGGGGCGCACCACGGUCUGCACCAUCGUGCCGAGCCAUCAUUACGGGCCGGUGCCGGGGGUCGAGGUUGGGACGACCUGGAAAUUCAGGCUGCAGGUAUCCGAGGCCGGGAUCCACCGUCCGCACGUGGCGGGUAUAAGCGGGCGAGAGAACGACGGGGCGUAUUCCAUCGUGUUGGCUGGCGGCUACGAGGACGACAAGGACGACGGAGAGGAGUUCAUAUACACGGGCUCUGGGGGUCGGGAUCUGUCGGGGAACAAGCGGACCGCGGAGCAGAGCUGCGAUCAGACGCUCACUCGCAUGAACAAAGCCAUUGCACUGAACUGCAAUGCCAAAUUGGACCUGAACGGUGCAGUGGCCAAAGAUUGGCAGGGUGGGAAGCCCAUCCGUGUCGUCAGGAGUGCCAAGGGAGCCAAGCACUCAGAAUAUGCUCCUAAGGAAGGGAACAGGUAUGAUGGAAUCUAUAAAGUGGUUAAGUACUGGCCCGAAAAGGGACAGAGCGGCUUCGUCGUGUGGAGAUACCUGCUGCGAAGAGACGAUCCCACCCCUGCGCCUUGGACCGGACCGGGAAAGAAGCGGAUCGAAGAACUGGGACUCGACCAUGUCAUCUAUCCACCUGGAUACCUGGAAGCAAUGCAGGAAGCAUCAGAGAAGAAGCGAAGAUCGGAUCUGUCGUCCGAGGAGGGAAGCCCGGCACCGAAGAAGAGGAAGUCCUGUCCGGCCGCGUACAAACCCGACGAAGGGCUCAACAAACUCAUCAAGGCCGAUAAAGCCAACUCCAAACUUUGGCAGGAGAGUCUCAUUGCAGCGAAGCAGGGAAAGAUUGCUUUCAUUAACAAAGUCCAGGACACUUUUGUUUGCAUCUGCUGCCAAGAGUUGGUCUGUUCCCCAGUCACAACUUCCUGUGCUCAUAAUAUUUGUCUGCCUUGCAUUCAAAGGUCUUUCAAGGCAGAGGUUUACUCGUGUCCGGCCUGCCGAACAAACCUUGGCAAGGAUUACAAGAUCAAGGUCAAUGCAAACCUUUUCGAUGCGCUUAAGUGCCUCUUCCCCGGGUACGAGAAUGGCCGCUGAUCGUGGCUGCACUUGUAUUGAUGUUCAUGUGUUCAUAUGAUGUUGCAUGUGACAUCUUGCCUCAUCUCAUUUGUAAGGGCCUGUACACACCACAGGUGGUAUGGGGAAACGCAGAGUCUCAAUGUUCUGUUGUGCAUUUAAAAGAGCUUCAGUUACCAGAAACAGACAUGUAGAAUGUUGUCUCUUAGCACAAACAUCUAUGUAGUUACAUUACAGUGAAUCUUUUUCUGCACCUGAUUUCAUAUUAUUACCAAAGCUUGCUCAGCUGUGAGACCACUCCCACUCCAGUGAGAUCCCAUUUACAGAAAAAGGCUGAGAGAUGUAAAGGUAGAGCUUGGCUUUGCCUCAAAUUUUAAUAGGUACAAUUGGGAUGAAUUUCUUAAGAUACCCCAUUUCAUAGGCAAGGUGUGCUCCAUGCAUUCCAUUUGAUUGAAUCUUCAAUUAUAUGAUCUGCGAUUAUUAGGACUAGUGCAUUAUAUAUUACACGUUACUUGUUUAUACUAAUGACUGGCACUGUUGCUUGCACUGCCUUUGGUGUGUAGGGGCCCUAAUACUAUGAAAAAUGUCAAAGCUCAAAGUGAUUCUGAAAUGUGAGAAUGUUUUCUGUAUGAUGAGG